UUGCAUUCUGUUAACGUCUGGUUAUUCUUCCAGAGUCAUUCUAAGAGAAGAUCAUAAUGACUUCUAUUUGGGUUGGCACUAGGGGAACGAUUCGGGAUGCUCCUGGCUUUAAUGCAUCAAGAGAUGCUGAAGCAAUUCGGAAAGCAAUUCGGGGAAUAGGCACUGAUGAAAAAACCCUGAUCGACAUCCUCACGGGAAGAUCGAAUGCUCAGCGGCAGCUAAUUGCGAAGGAAUACAGGGCAGCUGCGGGAAAGGAUAUGAAAGAUGCUUUGAAGGGGGAUCUCUCUGGCAAUUUGGAGCGUAUAAUGGUGGCUCUUGUAACGCCUCCGGCAGUGUUUGAUGCUAAACAACUGAAGAAAUCCAUGAAGGGUACUGGAACGGACGAGCAGGCUCUGAUCGAGAUCCUGGCCUCAAGGACUAGCAAGCAAAUGAAAGAAGUAGCCCAGGCAUAUUACACAGUUUAUAAGAAGAGCCUCGGGGACGACAUCAGCUCCGACACAUCUGGCGACUUCCGACAAGCCCUGUUAACUCUGGCCGAUGGCCGAAGAGAUGAGAAUCAACGGGCGGAUGAGCAGGUUGCAAAGAAAGAUGCUCAGAUCCUGUACAACGCGGGCGAGAAGAAGUGGGGGACCGACGAGGGCAAAUUCAUUGAGGUUCUGUGCUUCAGCAGUUUUCCUCAGCUGAAACUAACCUUUGAAGAAUACAGAAAUAUCAGUGGGAAGAAAUUGGAAGACAGCAUCCAGAGCGAAACCUCAGGAAGUUUUGAAGACCUGCUGCUGGCCAUAGUCAAAUGUGCAAACAACACUCCAGCUUUCUUUGCUGAAAGGCUGCACAAGUCUUUGAAGGGGGCUGGGACAGAUGAAUUCACACUGAACAGAAUUCUGGCAUCCAGGUCAGAGAUUGACCUCUUGGAUAUUCGAGCUGAAUAUAAGAAACUGUACGGCGUCUCCUUGUAUUCUGCUAUUAAAUCUGACACUUCUGGGGACUAUGAGACCACGUUGCUCAGGAUUUGCGGUGGAGACGACUGAUGGGGACGAAGCGCCGAGCCCUGGCGUUUCCUGCUUUGUGCUGCCAUCCUCUUCUGCGGAGUUUCUGAAUGUUUAAACGAGUGUAAAAUUGCCGCCGCUUUUUCUUUUGUCGCUUUCUCAAUUAGGCUUCAUAACAAGCAGAUGCUUAUUUUAGCACUUCCCUUCAGGCAACCGAUGACAUUUGCCGCCACACACGCUGUGCCUUUGGAUGAAACCUGCACCCGAAAUUGCACGGGCCAGAUCUGCUGGCACUAAAGAAAUU